UGCAGCUUGAAGACAAGUCUGACGAAGUGGAAGCCUGAUUUCGACAGCGCUGCGUCAGAAUACGCCAAAGCAGCUGUGUGCUUCAAGAACGCCAAACAGUAUGACCAAGCGAAGGAUGCGUACCUGAAGGAAGCCGAGUACCACACAGAAAACAAGACCCUUUUUCACGCUGCAAAGGCGAUCGAGCAGGCUGGUAUGAUGAUGAAGGAACAAAAGAAGAUGCCUGAGGCCAUCCAGUACAUAGAGAAAGCCUGUAUGAUGUACAUGGAGAACGGGACUCCUGACACUGCUGCAAUGGCUCUGGACAGAGCUGGAAAACUGAUCGAGCCUAUAAACUUGGAGAAAGCUGUCGACCUGUAUCAGAAGGCAGCCGGUGUGUUUGAGAAUGAAGACCGUCUGCGUCAGGCUGUUGAACUGCUGGGUAAAGCCUCUAGACUUCUGGUCAGGUUAAAAAGGUAA